AUUAUGUUGUUUUAUCAUACAUUAAAUAAACACAUUCGCUAAAUGAAUAGUUUAAUAUUUAAGGUACACAUGCAUAUUUACCAUAACUUCAUACAUACUGUAUUGCAUUUUAUACUGUAACUGUGUGUGUUGUAUAUUAUAUUAUAAUACAUUGUAGUGUAACUAUUAACGCAGCCCAAAAAGGAUGGAAUAUAUAUUGCCGAAUCGUUGUCAAUCGAAUGCUCGACUCGAUGGAAAAACGGUCGUCGUAACAGGAAGUAACACCGGAAUCGGUAAAGAGACAGCUAUGGAAUUCUACAAGAGAGGUGCUCGGGUGAUAAUGGCAUGUAGAAGUGCGUCCAGGACACAAAACGCAAUAGAUAGUAUCAAAAAAAAAACCGAAGAGGAGAAAGACGUCGGCGAGUUGGUCUUCAAGCAUUUGGAAUUGUCUUUUUUGGCCUCCGUGAGGAAAUGCGCAAAAGAAAUAUUGCACACGGAAAAAACCAUUGACAUUUUAGUGAACAAUGCAGGUAUAAUGAUGUGUCCAAAAACGUUGUCCGAAAACGGGAUCGAACUUCACCUUGCUACCAAUCAUUUGGGUCAUUUUCUGUUUACGCUCCUUUUAUUACCCAGGAUUCUGAAAUCCACACCAGCGAGGAUAAUCAACGUUACAUCAUUGGCUCACACGUGGGGUGAUAAAAAAAUGCAUUUCGAUGACAUAAACCUGGACAAAAACUACACGCCCAGCGGGGCGUACGGCAGGUCCAAGUUGGCCAAUAUUUUGUUCACCGUGGAACUGGCCAAACGUUUAAAAGGAACUGGAGUGACGGUCUACGCGGUUAACCCCGGCGUCGUUCACUCUGAUUUGAGUAGGUACGUCGAUCAGACCAUAUUUCCAGGUGCCUCGUGGUUGUACAACAUCUUUACUAAAGUCGUUGUCAAAACACCCCAGCAAGGUGUCCAAACCACGUUGUAUUGCGCUCUGGACCAUAACUGCGCCCACGAGAGCGGAUUAUACUAUAGUGAUUGUAAAAUAAUGGAACCAGAUCCUGCAGCCAAAGACGAACAAGUCAGCCAAGAAUUGUGGGACACCAGUUGUAAGAUUAUUCGUUUAGAUCCUGAGUACAAUCCUUUCAAAGCAGACUUGUAAAUGUCUGAAUGUUAAAACUACGUUCCUGGUGCAUUUCUACAUAAUUGUGAAUAAGGCAAAUCUCGAGAUUUAUAUUAUAUACAAAUUAUUUUUAUAUUAAACUAUUGAAUAGUUUUUAUUUUCUAAAA